AAUGAGUUUUCCUGUAAGGAGAGAGAAAGGGAGAUAUACUCGGUCUUGCACGGAAUGGAGGGCAGAUCCCACGCCGAAAGUCAACGCUAAACAAAUCCGUGACAAACUGGAGAUUGAGAAGGAGAAGGAAGAAAUGAGGCAGCAGCUGAGGGACCUGUGCCGUAGUGGUGACGCUGUCAGCCUGCACGAGAUCCUCAUGAAGUCUUACAAUGAAGUGGAUGCCAUGGAUAAGAGUGGACUGACACCGCUGGUGUGUGCAAUCAUCGCCCGUCACCCUACCGUGGUUACUGAGCUAUUGCUGGGGUAUGCCAACCCGAAUAUCAGUACACCGAGGACUGGUAUGUCAUCACUUCACUACGCCGCGCGCUGGGGUGAUGCACAGGUGCUGCACGAGCUGAUCAGAGCUAGAGGAUGGAUAGACGCCGGGGACAGGGACGAGUGGACGCCACUUCACCACUGCAGUGUCAAUGACCACUUCGCCGCCGCCGACCUGCUGACCUUUAUGUUGGCCGACGUCCACAUCCGGGAUACGCAUAAUCGUACUGCACUCGAGUUGGCUCAGUCAGCUAAGAUGAAGCGGUUAAUAGAAAGGAUGGCGAAUGUACCCAAGGACUUCCUGAAAAAGUCUUGCCAAACGCACACCAUGAAAUUAUCAGAUAAAGCAGGUUCCGUCGACUUUCGGUGUGGGGUAGUGCUGGAGAUGUCUGCCGAGGUCGUGAAGUCAGAAAUACCCGUAAGUUGCCGAAGGACAACGCCCGAAUGUUUCCGAAUGAUCUAUCCGGAAAAUGACGAAUCUUUCCUUAAUGAUGUCAUUGAGUUUUACCCUCGGAGAGUGACUUUCAAGCGCCCCGUGACGGUUUUAGUGGACUAUGAUAUAAUUAUCCAAUCAAAGGAAGACAUUGUGGUCACGUGUGCAAGCAAGGUUGUUCCAGAAUUUAGUCUGACAUCACAGGGCAAAUCCACCACGGUGAGUUUCGAAACCAAAAAACUUGGGCGAGUGAAAAUAUUAAAAAUGAAAUUAUCGGAUUACUAUGAGUCAGCCAGUCAGUCGACUUCAGUGGUCGACUUUGAAAGUUUAAGAAGUGAACAACAGAGCCGUGCCACCAUAUUGUCCACGUGGGAUGAAACCGAGGCUGAUGAAGUGGAAACGAGACCAAAGUCGACAGCAGCCGACACUGAGAGCGACGCCAUAGGUCAAAAGCAAGAGAAAAAGGAGUCUGAUAAACUCAGAAAUUCACACGAAAAGUACACGGAGCAAGUUUUAGUCUGUGAUGAAAGUAACAAUGAAUCCAAACGCGUCGAAAAAACAAACGCUGAAAGUUUUUAUGACCAUAAAGGCGCGCAGGAAAUUAGGUCAAUUGACACGAGGAAUAACGACAAAGACUUAAGUGAAUCUCAAAAUCCGGAGACAUUGGAAAGGUCUCCCCAAAUCGCUGAACCGGAAGAUAAUGGAAGACAAAGUCCUUUGAGCCAGAGCUCAUUCUUGGUUGUGGAUGAAAAACUUGAGGACGAAAAACUUGACACAACGUCACAAAAAAGCCGGCAAAGUUCUCUUAAAAGCGUCCGCGAAGAAAUCUCCGUCGGACGUGCACCCGAAGAGAGAGAACAUAGUCAAAAAGUUGACAGUGAAAAAAUUGAGGACAAAAGUUUUAGCACAUCUCCACAACAAAGCCGGCAAAGUUCUUUCCAAAGCGUCCGCGAAGAAAUCUCAGUCGACCGUACACCCGAAGAGAGAGAACUUUGUCAAAAAGUUGACAGUGAAAACGACAGCGAAAUCCCAGAAGAAAUCGAUGACAACAAGAGCACUUCCUCUCCCAGUGUGUUACCGAGCGAACUAUUCAGCGACAGUGAACAGAGUGUCACCAACACGGCAGAGAUACAGGAAAAUAUAAACGAUAUCCACAAAGAACUCGCGGAAAUUGAGGAACAGUUGGAAGGGGACGCAUAUAUCUAUACGUGAACAUUCAAAUGAAUCCGAAGGUUUGUUGGUCCGAAGGUUCAUUGGACCGAAAAAUCGUAUUCGCCCGCAUCUGAUGAACUGUACUUCGUUGCCAGUACGAUUUUGUCCUACACUUUAUUCAUGCAUUAAUUUGGACUAUGGAACUUUUGGACCCAUUAACUUUCGGACUGUUACUACGGCCCCCCUUUCAACGUAUAUGAUCAGACAGGGAGUGGCAUUUGAGGAAGCGGGAAAAAUACUAUUUUUUUAAUAGAGAAUUUUAUGUUUAUAGAGAAUUUUAUGUUUUAAAACGUUACAGGUCAUUCCAUAGGGGGCUACAUUAAUUUAAAAUCUAACAGCUGCAUGAUGACGAGUAGAAAGAAACAGGGAAGUAAUACCUGAAUACAAUGUUUUAAAUAUAAGGAUUUGCAUGAAGCACCACAGUAUGAAGUACGCGGCCAUCAAAUCAGCUUAAAACUGCAUACUACACGGUAGCAGGAACUACAUGUAUAUGAAUUAUAAGAUUAUUUAUAUGAUAUAUUAUAUGAAUAAUAAUUGAACCAAGUUUUAUAAACAAAACGUUGAACUUCACAUGAACUUUGGUGCUGAAUAUACGCAUGCUUUAAUAAAUGUUGAAAACAUUAAUAAGAAUAAUAAUAAUGAUAAUGAUGAUGAUGAUGUUUAUUGAUACGAGUAUAUUUGUUGUAAAGACUAUAAGGUAGCUAACGUGGUAUUUUUGUUAUACAAUAAAAGAAAAUAAUGUAUAAAUUACAAGCUAUAUCUGAGUUUCUCAAGAAUAUGACUACAUCCUCGUGAGCCACGUAUUACUCGUACUUGUUGACUCAAUACAAUGAUGAAAUAAAUAUAAUAAUAUAUAUAUCAUUUAUUAAAAAGGCAUCUAUUGCGUUGUAAAUUGAAUCACAAUCACUGAUUAAAUAUCAGCAUCCUAGAUCUACAACAUCCCUCAUAAGAUGAACGUUAAAAGUUUAGUUUGGGUCACUGGAAUGGGGCAAAAUAUUAUUUAUAAGUCUGCUUACAGCAUUCUUGAGCACUGACUUCCGUUAUUAUUGUCCAUAUUCCCCGCAGGCUCAGUGCCUAUACUUACGGAUAAAAAUGCACAAAGAGAAGCAACUGAAGUCAAGAUGUU